CAGCACGGUCAUACUGCUCCCGGCUGCUCAACAAGUUGCCUGUUUUAUAGUUCUCCAACUUACUUUGUUACAACCGCGUUAAGGAAAAACAACAGUACUGCAAAAUGAUCAAGAACGCCGUAUCGCUGGUUACCGGAGGAGCCUCUGGCCUGGGUCGUGCCACCGCCGAGCGUCUGGCCAAGCAGGGCGGCAGCGUCAUCCUAGCCGAUCUGCCCUCGUCGAAGGGCAAUGAGGUGGCCAAGGAGCUGGGCGACAAGGUGGUCUUUGUGCCCGUGGAUGUGACCUCCGAGAAGGAUGUGAGUGCCGCCCUGCAGACGGCCAAGGAUAAGUUCGGUCGACUGGACUUUACGGUGAACUGCGCCGGAACCGCCACCGCUGUCAAGACCUUCAACUUCAACAAGAACGUGGCCCAUCGUCUGGAGGACUUCCAGCGGGUGAUCAACAUCAACACCGUGGGCACAUUCAAUGUGAUCCGCCUGUCGGCCGGUCUGAUGGGCGCCAAUGAGCCCAAUGUGGACGGACAGCGCGGCGUGAUCGUGAACACCGCCUCGGUGGCUGCCUUUGAUGGCCAGAUCGGUCAGGCGGCAUACUCGGCCUCCAAGGCUGCUGUUGUCGGCAUGACCCUGCCGAUUGCCCGCGACCUGAGCACCCAGGGCAUCCGCAUCUGCACGAUUGCUCCGGGCCUGUUCAACACCCCGAUGCUGGCGGCGCUGCCCGAGAAGGUGCGCACCUUCCUGGCCAAGUCCAUUCCCUUCCCGCAGCGCCUGGGCGAGCCCAGCGAGUAUGCUCAGCUGGUGCAGGCCAUCUACGAGAAUCCGCUGCUCAACGGUGAGGUAAUCCGUCUGGAUGGUGCCCUCCGCAUGAUGCCCUAAAUGGAUCUGGAUGUGUUUUUUGGACUUAAUUGGAAUCCAGAGAACUGUUCGAUCAGUUUGCAUUUAUCUAUUUUGUAGUAAUUAAGCUGAAAAAUGUUUUUUGUCCCGAAAUUAUGUAAGAAUUGAAAAUAAACA